AUGGCCCACGCUAUAAGCAUAGUCGAUGGUGAAACGAGGGCAAACGAAAGGCUUGAAGCUCUGAAGAGGAGAUCCGCCUCGGCUCCAGAUUAUGAACAAGAGCUCGGAGAUGAUGAUUUGAACAAAAUUAUGGAUCGUGACUUAUAUAAAGCCACGAAAAAUGGGGACGUCGAGAAAUUCAUUGAUGAGUUAGAAAAGGUUAUUGAGCUGAGGAAACUAGCUUUGUCGCUAAUCUUCGACCAAGUCAUCCCCUCCGGGGAUUCAUUGCUUCAUGUAGCAGCAAGUUCUGGGAAUGAUGAUGUCGUGGAACUCAUUCUCCUUCAUUUUCCUAACACCGUGACCCAGAGAAACUCCCGGGAGGAUACUCCACUCCAUGUCGCCAUUCGAGAUGGAAGGUUCAACGCAACAGAAAAACUAAUUCGCUCGAGUACAAACUCGAAAAUUUUAUACUGGAAGAACAAAGAUGGUAAAUCUCCACUGUAUCUAGCAGUCGAAAGGUGCAAAAAUUCGAGAUGGAAAGAGUGCAGGGAGGCGGACCAGGAGAUUCUUUGGCUUCUCUUGGAAGCUUUGGAUCGAGAUAAAGCUUAUGCAGUCCAGAUACAAGGCAUGUCACUAAUUGUCGCCGCAAUUGGGGACACAGGUUUAUUGAAAGAAAUUAUAAUUGGGCUUCCCAAGUUACCCCACAUGCGCGAUGAAAAAUGGGGGACGCCACUGCACGCUGCCGCAGCAUCGGUUGAAAAUGGAGACGCAAUUGACCUCUUGCUGGAGAAAUGCCCUUAUCUCGCCCAUCAAACGGACAAAAACGGCUCCUACCCGAUUCACAUCGCUUGCGAAGCCGGCAACUACUCGGGAAUGGGACGAGAUAAAAAUAACAAGAAGGGUCAGAAUAUUCUUCACGUUGCGGCCGAGGCCGGGGCUGAGGCCGGGGUCGGUGGAGCGGUCUACAAACUCCAAGAAAAGGGCGAGUCCGACAUCAUCGAGAAGCUGGUGAAUUCGAAAGAUGUCGACGGAAACACUCCUCUCCAUUUGGCAUCGAUGCACAACCAUUAUAAAGUUAUCAGCUCUUUGACGGGGGUCAAAGGAAUUGACUUGCAGGCUCGGAACAACAAUGGGUUGACCGCCCUUGACGUGGCCGUGGAAUCCAGAAGCGUCACCACGAAAAAUCGAGUGUUUCUAGGACGUGCGCUUUUGAUUGUUGCUGGUGGAGAGCGAAGCAAAGGUCGACCUUCUGGAGUGAGCAAAUCAUCUCACCCCGAGUGGAUCAAGGACCAAGUUAAUACUUUAUUGCUAGUGGCCACACUUGUAGCCUCUGUCACGUUCACUGCGGGCAUAACCUUACCCGGUGGAUAUAAUGCUUUUAGUGAUCCCCAUCCAGGAACGGCGACCAUGCUGCACCACGGAUUGUUUCAAGUUUUCGUAAUUGCCAACAUGUUAGCCAUGUACAGCUCCAUUCUUGCUGUCGUAGUCCUCCUUUGGGGUCUCAGUAGAGAUUUCUACGUUGCGGAACUGGCUUACCACUUAGCAGGGCCAUUACUGCUGAUGGCCCUUAUUGGCAUGUCAAUGGCUUUUUUCUCAGCUGUUACUGUAGCAGUGAGCAAACUUACUUGGCUCGCGAGCCUUGUUCCGUUGAUCGGAGUCCUUUACCUGGCGAUGGUCACAACGGUUUUAGCAACCUUGAUAUUCCCAUUAUCCAAGGCUGCUAUGCAUAUUGUGUGCAUUUACUAUUUAGUUGACUAUGUAGUUGUGACCCUGUUGGUAAAUCUAGUCCGGCUAUUAGUCGAAUGUAUUCGAUUAUGA